AGAGAGCAGAGCACAGCUAAUUGUAUCAGAGUUUUAUGUGACCACUGAUAAAGGAGAAAGCAACAACAAUAUUGAUAUUUUUUAGUCCAUAUAUACAAACCAAGAUCAUGGUGAUGAUAUGGGAAGAUCUAACAGUAACGAUUGGUGUAGGCAAGAAAAAGAAGUUGCUUGAUGGUGUCACUGCUUUUGCUCAACCUGGUAGGAUCAUGGCUGUUAUGGGUCCUUCUGGCAGUGGCAAAACCACCUUACUCACUUCUUUGGCAGGAACACUUGCCGCUAAUGUUGCAAUGUCUGGGAAGAUUGAAAUCAAUGGGAUGAAAAGAAGUUUGUACUCCAAAGAAGUGUCUUAUGUUGGUCAAGAGGAACUUCUUUUGGGAACAUUGAGUGUGAGAGAAACCCUCACAUACUCAGCAAACAUGAGACUUCCUUCUAUAAUGACCAAACAAGAGAUAAACAAAUUGGUGGAAGAAACAAUAAUAGAAAUGGGACUUGAAGACUGUGCUAAUACUAAGAUUGGAAAUUGGCAUCUAAGAGGAAUAAGUAAUGGUGAAAAGAAAAGACUUAGCAUUGGUCUUGAGAUUUUGACACAACCUUAUGUGUUACUUCUUGAUGAACCAACUAGUGGACUUGAUAGUGCCUCAGCUUUCUAUGUCAUUCAAGCACUAAGCAACAUAGCUUUUAAAGGAAAGAUAGUUAUUUGUUCCAUUCAUCAACCAGGGUGUGAAAUUUUUAAUAUUUUUGAUGAUUUGCUUUUGCUAUCAAAUGGAGAAACUGUUUAUUUUGGAGAAGCAAACAUGGCUCUAAAGUUUUUUGGUGAUGCAGGUUUUCCUUGUCCCACCAAAAGAAAUCCUUCUGAUCAUUUCAUUAUGAGCAUUAAUUUGGAUUUUGACUUGAUUAAUGAAGCUCUUGCAAGAUGCCAUACAGCAUCAAAUUCCAAAGUGGGAAUUAUAAGAACCGCAGACAUUAGAAGAAAACUCAUAGAGAGUUACAAAAGUUCAGAGCUAACCAUCAAUACAAGAACAACCAUUCAACAACUAAAAGCCAAUGUGAAGAAAGAGGAAGCAAUAAAUUCCAAUAAUGUAACAAGCAGUGCCAACUGGAUGAAGCAACUCUCCACACUCACCAAACGUUCUUUCCUCAACAUGAGUAGAGACUUAGGCUACUAUUGGCUCAGGAUAUUAUUCUACAUACUUAUUGGAAUUACUAUUGGCACCCUCUUUUUUCAUAUUGGGACAGGCAAUUCCUCCAUCUUAGCUAGAGGAAAAUGUGUAUCAUUCAUUUACGGUUUCAUGAUAUGUUUGUCAUGUGGAGGAUUACCAUUUUUCAUUGAAGAAUUAAAGGUUUUCUAUGGUGAAAGAUCGAAAGGACAUUGUGGAGAGGCUGCAUUUGUGAUAUCAAAUAUUAUAUCAUCGUUUCCUUUCAUCUUUCUAAUAUCAAUCUCUUCUGGAAUAAUAAUAUACUUCAUGGUGCAAUUUCAUCCUGGUUUAAGUAAUUGUGCAUUUUUCUGCAUCAACUUGUUCUGCUGCCUAUCUGUUGUUGAGAGCUGCAUCAUGGUUGUAGCAGCAGUGGUCCCUAAUGUCAUGAUGGGUCUAGCCACAGGAACCGGUUUUAUAAUUUUCAUGAUGAUGCCCUCUGAAAUAUUUAGACCACUAAAUGACCUACCAAAGUUCUUUUGGCGCUAUCCUAUGUCCUACCUGAGUUUCGCUGCUUGGGCAGUUCAGGGACAGUACAAGAAUGACAUGUUAGGGGUUGAGUUUGAUCCUCUACUACCUGGAGACCCAAAAGUUACUGGAGAACAAGUAUUGCCAAUACUAUUUGGGGUUCCACUAAACCAUGGAAAAUGGUUGGACCUAGCAAUGUUGAUUAUCUUAUUAUUUGUACAUAGAUUUCUUCUUUUCUUGGUGAUUCGGUUUAACAAAAGAGGUGUAUCACAUGUGCUAUGGUUUUAUGUGAUGGAAAAUCUACUACUUGCAAAACAAGGUUUAUUGAAGAAUAAGGCACCUAAGAAACAAGAACUGCCACGUCCAUUAUCAUCUCUAGAGAAUGCUAUGUCACCAGAAUAUGCUAUAGUAAGACUUUGAUAUAUUUUUGUAAACUAUGUGUCAUUGUUGUAAUUUUUAUGCAUACUUAUAUUUUUGUAUUCUUGAUUAUUUGAUAUAUGGAUGGAUCAAUCUAUCAGAAUAAGGAUAAAAUUAUUUUUUU